AUGGCAAAUGUUUCACAACCACAAAAUUUACAACAAUGGCUUAAUUCAAGUCAAGAGUUGGCUAAAAAAUUAAAAAAUACCAAUACUUUACCAAUUAUUAGUGAUUAUCAAUUUACAAACUCAAAUGUAAAUGAUUAUACAGAGUUAAUUAAAACAGUAGUUGUUGGUGGUCUCAGUAUGAUUCCAACCAUUGGUAAUCCUUUGAGUAUUUUAGUAUCAGCAGUUUGGGCUCAUAUUAUUUCAAAUACAAAUGAAACAACAUAUGAAGUUUAUAAUUCCUAUAGAGAAAUGAUAAAAGCAACCAUUGAUAAUUCAAUUGAUAUGUAUGAUGCAUCAACAAUUAAAGCAGUAUUAACAAAACUUAAUGCAUUGGUUAUAGAUUAUACUAAAGCAAAAAAAAAUUAUAAAUUAACUCCAAAUCAAGCACCUGUUAAAAAAGAUUUAGUUGAUGCUCAUAAUUUACUUUAUAUUGAAUUAAGAGGUUCAUUAUUACCAUUAUCAGAUCUUAGAAAAGAAGGUUAUGAAGCUCAAGAAUUGGGUGCAUUUGCAUUAAUGGCUACACUUCAUUUAUUAUUAUUAAAGGAAGGUUCAACAAAUGGAAAAAUAUGGGGAAUAUCAGAAAGUAAAAUUGAAACAUUUGAACAAGAGUUUAAUAAAAAUAUGGUUGAAUAUGCUCAACAUUGUAAACUUGCCUAUUAUAAAGGUGUUGCUAAAAUUAAAGCAUUAGGUAUUGAUGGUGUAAUGCAAUUCAAUAAACUUAAUACAUUUAGAAGUUUUUGUGCUCGUUAUGUAUUUGAUUAUGUAAAUUUAUGGUCAGGUUUUAAUGAAACUAUUUAUCCAAAUGGCUGUUAUACUGAAAAUGUUAGAUAUAUCUUUUCAGAUGUAAUUGGUAGACCAAUUGAUCCAAGUCAAACAGCAAAACCAAAUAAACCAUAUUAUUAUCCAUCAUGUGAUUUUUUAGAAAAAAUUUUCAUUGACAGAGAAUUUGAUUUAUACCAAAAAGAAUUUAGAAGAGUUGAAUUCACUCAUUCAAAUGAUUUUAUGUACGCAAUUCAAAGUUUUUAUAAUGAUCCAUCAGAGUCAAGUGGUGAAAGAGUAGGUGAAAAAGUUGGUAAUUUAAACAAGUCAGGUGGUAUUAUUUUAUUACCAUCAAGUUCAAAUGCAACUGUUACUAAUUUUAUUGGAGGGUAUGAUGUUCAACCAAGAUAUAUUUCAUACCCAAGUGGUAUUUCAUCAAAUUUCUCUUCUGUUACAGUUGAUUUAGGUCCAACCAAUUGCACAGGUGGUGAAGUUUAUGAUACUGAAAUGGAUUAUAUGUCAUGUCAUUAUGCUAAAGAUAUGGAUCGUGGUGGUUAUAGCGACUUAGGAAUGAGAAUUGAUACAAAUGUAUCAGUUACAAAUCAUAAAGUUUCAACUUUUAGAGGGCUAAAUACAAAUUAUGAAACAAUGACAUUUGAUGGUUCUGAAAGAUCUGGUAUUUUGGAUGCAAUGGUAGUUGGAUUACAACCAAUUAAUAUUUACAAUGAUAAUUGGUUAUAUAAUAAUAUUGCAACUGUUGUUAAUGCACAAAAAUUUUUCAAUAGAGAGAAUUGUUCAUUUGCUCGUGAUUUCGUUUUACCAACUGUUCAUGCAAUGUGUAUCAAUGUUGGUGGUAAAUUAAGAUUUAGAUUCAAAUUAAAAGAUUCAACACAAACUAAAUAUAAUUUUGGUAUUCGAUAUCAUUAUUCAAAUACCAAUACUGAAGGAGGUUUAAUUUCAGUUCGUAAUGCAAAUGGUGUUGAAAUUUUGGGUGGUCCUGUCUCAUUGGCACAAUGUAAUGUUGAUACUGGUUCAGCAAUUAAUGAAUUUAAAACUAAAACUUUAAUGGCAAAAAUCGUUAAUUUAUCAGUUUCAACUGUUUAUUCACUUGCAAUCGUUAAUAAAGGUGGCCCAGUUUAUGUUCACUCAAUUAUUAUGUUCCCAGUUAAGGCAACAGAAGCAGCUUAA